UUUCCCCGCCGGCGACUUCGUCCUCCCAUUUGCUACCAGGUCACGUAGGUAUGGGUAACAGCUACUCCAUUGUGCAGCAGCUCUCGCGCGAGGAGCAGGAAGAGCGUGACUACGCGCGCCUUGUAGAGGCAGUAGAGGCAGCCCAGAACGCUCAGCUGCAGUUCGGGCAGUCCCCAGAUGUCCCGGCACCGUAUGGCCUACAAGGUUCUCAUCCGCAGACUUCUACUCCAGGAAGUUGGCCUGCGCCUACGCCGUACCAGCCUCGGCAGAAUGUACGUUAUUCCACUGGAUUCGUCCCGCCAAGCUCGACACUUGGGCUCUUAGAUCAGACCAGGAUCCCUGUUGCCACUUCGCAGCGGCCUCCUGCGCAGGAGAGGAAGAGCGAUGGAUCGCACACUAUGGUAGAGUCGCCCGCCGAUGGGCGUGCCUAUGCACAUCCCGAUGAAAUUGAACCGGUUUGUGAAGAAGCGUGCGCCAUGCCUGCAAGUUACACACCGUCAUCCAGCAACGUGUCAAGAGGACGGUCGCUGACUCGCCACCGGUCUUCCAGUAGGCCUCCGUCUCGCUCGCCUGAUCGGCCGGUCAUGCUGUGCAUUGCGCCGGACCCUCCAAAGUACCCGGAGGAUUCUCCCGCGUGCGUGAAAAGGACCCUCCGAAGUACCCGGAGGAUUCUCCCGCGCAAAGUACCCGGAGGAUGCAUUGCGAGCCCUCAGUAUCGGCGUGCCUCGUCACCGGAUUCCCCGGCUAGCCGCCAUGAGAGCAUGCGCCGAAGUCCUAGCAUAGCUCGUGGCUGCGAUCACUGCACUCCUUCUCUCUUCGCCCGUCGUGAUACGGCGCCAGAAUGUCCUCCGGAAGCCAUACCUACAUCACGUCCCCCUUCAGCUUCAGUGGUCAGCUACAGGAGCCGUUCUUCCCGAGUCACGUCGUUAGGACCUCGUGCUCGUCGUUCGAGUCGCUCCCCUCCCCAGGCUGUUAUCAUGUCUGUCGUGCUUCGAGCAGGGACGCCUCCCCGAUGUAGGGAUCCGUCACCGCUUUCUCGCGAGAGCCGCAGACAUGCAAGUCGAUCUCCAUCGCCGAGCACCCCAUGUUUGUCCCCACAAAGCCCGCUGCCCAGCGAGGCACCCUCGUCCCCCCCGCUCGUAGCGACGCGGCUACCCUCAUUGUCUCCGCCACCAACGUCCCGGGAACGAUCAAUGCGCACGGAGGAUUCUGUGCGUCGUCGCCCUUCGGAGACUGCGAUUUCGGUGGAAAGGCCUCCGAGUCGGAGAUCACGGUCGAGCAGUCCGCACAUUGAUUUUAACAGGCAGAUGAGGACCGGCGUCCGUCGAUGUGCCAGUGGGUCGCUAUGAACGGCCUAUCCCCGACAUGCCGUCGAGGAGAUCAUCGCCUGGGAGCAUCCAUUCAC